AUGUUCAAGACUAGCAGCAUCGUCGCGCUGACAGUGGCGGCUUUGGUUCUAUCAAGCGGGGUACAUGCCGAACAUCAAGCCGCUCUAUUUGACUUUGGAGGCAUGGGUGGUGGUUUCCCAGGCAUGGGAGGCGGAGGCGGUGGAAUGGGUGGCAUGUCAAGCUUGAUGAAGAUGAUUCCUGGAAUGGGUGGGUCGGGUGGAGGAGGAAUGGGGGGCUUCCCGGGCAUGGGUGGAAUGGGAGGCAUGGGCGGUCUCUCUAGCCUUAUGGGCGGUGGUGGUGGUGCAAGUGGCGGUAGCAGCACAAGUAAAACGACUUCAGGCACAGGAGGAACUAGUUCCAGCUCUCCGGGUACUGUGCGUCCAAGUACGGGAGCGACUGGCGUAGAAGCCGCAGCAGCACCAGCGGCUGGAGCUGCCCCUGCAACGGGAGCUUACCCGGCGGCCGGGGCAGCACCGGCAGCAGCUCCUGUACCGGUCGCCGCACCAGUUACGCCAGCAGCAGCUCCUGUACCGGUCGCCGCACCAGUUACGCCAGCAGCAGCCCCGGUGGCGGCGGCUGCUCCAGCGGCGGCGGCAGUCCCAGCAACAGCAGCCGCCCCUGCUGCCGGAGCUGCCCCAGCAAUUCCUGCCGUCCCUGCUGCCGGCGCUGCACCUGCCGUUCCUGCUGCCCCUGCCGCUGGCGCACCUCCUGCUACGGCGGCUAUCCCUGCCGUCCCCGCCGCUGGUGUAACACCCGCAGCCCCCACAACUGCAGCAUCGCAAACAGCUCCGGCCACUGGGGCCACCCCUGCUGCCUCUGCAACUGGCGCGGCCCCUGCAACGUACCGCCGCAAUCUUCGCGAGAAAUGA